AUGGCAGCAGCCGCCUCCCGAAGACUUGCAGAUGCCACCAACGGACAUCCUAUGCCAUCGCAAGAGACCGAGAACAAAGGAGUGGAACGCAUACCAUCAAGUAGACGGCAAAAUGGCUACGAGAGAGAUGUCGCAUACCAUCCUCGAGCGCCUCAGGCCCAAGUCUCCAGAUCCCAGACGGUCUCAUACAGGAGAUAUCCAGCACCAACAGCCCGCGGGCAUCAUCGUUCAUCCAAUUCAUUUUCCGCGAGAUCCAGGAAUAUGCCUCCAAAUUGGGACGAUAAACCACUUCCCCCAGAGCCCGAGACUACGGAAGACGAGUCUACAACGCCGAGCAGACGUCCAUUGCCGCAGCCCGCUGUACCGCAGGACGAAAGCGCACGGGGAGCCUCACCACAGACGAUCCUCAGUACCCAACCGACAUCGCCGUUAAGUCGAUCAGAUACCACCCGUUCGACCAAAGAGCGGCGGCAUGACUGGGCUUCGGACCGAUCUCCUCUACAGAAGCUGGAAGUGGCCUUGGAUGGAAUUAGCAAAGAAGAGAAACGUGCUCGAGUUAUGGAAGCGGAGAUGAAAGUCAAAGAGCGAUUGGAGCGGCAAAAGGCUGAGAGCGAAGCUCAUGAUUCACCAGCACCAGCACCAGCUCCCGCUAAGGAAUCUGCUAGCCCUUCUCCUGCUCUUGAGACUCCGAAGCCCAAAGUCGAAACGCCGCAAAUGAACUUGGACCGGUCAACUAGGAGUACGACCAGAAGUAUCAAUUCCUCAUUAGGGACAAACACUCCCGAUGGGUACCGUGAUUCUCCGGAGGAACGUCACAUCCAGAGGUCCAAUACCACAAGAGAGCCGUCGUCGUUUCGGUACGCCGCAGUGCCUCGUAAUGACAUGCGUUACGUUAAGCCUUCGGCUGGUCAGCCUGUACCCGCUGGUCAAGCUCCCCGGCGAGCUGUGUCAGUCAGCCAUCACCCUGGAAGACCGAUGCCGCGGCCAUUAGUGAAUGGAAAGUCGUCUCAGGAAACUCCGGUAAUACACAAGAGGACUGUAUCUCAAGCUGACCCGGUAUCCGUGCCUCCGAGGAGAGUCAUGCUUGACGAGAACCAAGCACCACGGCAGGCAUCAAUCCCUGUCCCGCACGAUCUUCCAGGAAGACCAGCCGAGCAACGGGCACCCUCAGCUGCCAUGCCAAAUUCUCAGCGGCCAUCGGCGGGCGCCUAUCUGGCACAGAAUGCAAUGGUACCUGAGCCUGUUCAACCAGUCACGAAAGAUUUGGCCGUUCCGCAGGACCUUCCAUCUCACGAGUCGAACGAGUGUACUGCGCCACUGAAGCCAAAACGAAACACGGUCUCUUUCAAUGUACCACCGCCCACACCACCUCCAUUAUUCGAAUGGAAGAAUGCGCCGGUGGCUAGGCUGAACAUUUCCGAUUUCGAGUUCCAGAAUCUGGAUGUUGCUAGAAUCAAGGCAUGGUGGGGCGAAGGAGCUUCCAAUCGUCGACGAAGCAGAGGGCUUCCGAAGAAUUACCAGAUGCCUUCUCAGAAGCCAAGGUCAUACAAAGCCUUCCAACCAUCGCUUCAUUUGAGAAGCGGUCCUCUGCUUCGGUAUACAGGGAUGAAACGGGUGCAGAUUGAUGGGCCCAAUGGACCGUUUGAGAAGGUGACAUGGAGAGGCAGCAUCAUGAUCGUGACUCAGGACUCCAAGUCCGUAUACGAGCCAGCACCAACUUUGAGACUCUUCUCCCAGCCGAUGGAUCUCUUGCCUCCUCCGCCUGUCGUGGUCAAUGGUGAUGACGAAGGAUCCCAGCUUCCACCCGAGUACGUCGACCCGACCGCUGGGCUAAUGAAACUUGGACGCGACGGAAGGCCGCUGUACGUCAAGCCCGUGGAGCAUACCGAGGAGGAGUUGGAUCUGUCGCAUGUGGAAGACGACGAUGGGAUAUAUGAGUUAUCCGCCAGCAUCCUCGAUUUUAGCAGUGAAGGAGUCAAGCAGCCAAUGCCCGCCAACCGGGUCCACACAGUGGACGGAGAAGUCGCUGGGGCGUACAAAGAGCUAACCGGCAUCCGCUUGUACGCGGACCUAGACCGCGAUGUCACCUUCUGGCGAUUCAAUAUCGAAGUUGAACUAGGUGAAGCCCAGCAGCGGAUCGCAUACCGCAUCAACCACAGUCCCGCGUUGGGUUUCUGGGUCCCAGCCAAGUCACAGAUGAUGAACAUGACCUUCCACAGCGGCAACGGAUUUACUCCUGGGGUUGACACGAACAAGUUCUGCGGACCAGACCCUCUAUGGCGCGAUAUCCUCAACGAGCAUCAGACUCGACCGUUCCAUGUGGUGAUCGGUGGAGGCGACCAGAUCUUCAACGACAAGGUCACGGCAGAAUCUAUACAUUUCCAAGAUUGGCUCAAGAUCAAGGAUCUGGGAGAUCAAUACAACAUGCCCUUCGAUCCAGAGUUUCGCGCGGAGCUGGAGAGCUUAUUCCUGAAAAACUAUUUGACGUGGUUCUCUCAGGGAUUGUUCUCGUUGGUGGGAUCCCAGAUUCCUAUGGUCAACAUGUGGAAUGACCACGAAAUCCUCGAGGGGUAUGGAUCGUACCCUGACGAGUUUAUGCAGAGUCCGGUGAUUUCGGGUCUGGGACGUAUUGCGUUCAAAUAUUACCUGUUGUUCCAGCACCAGACUGCCAUUGAGGAGACGGAACAUGAUGAACCCAGCUGGAUUAUGGGGGCUGGACCAGGCCCUUAUAUCAAGGAACGAAGCCGGAGUCUGUUCAUCCCGCUUGGUAAGGGUGUGACUUUGCUGGGUCUGGAUGAGAGAACCGAGCGGAUGAGCCAUGAGAUUCUCAGUGAACCGACUUGUGAUAUCAUCUGGGAUAGAUGCCAUCGCGAGAUGAACCGGGGAGAGGUCAAGCAUCUGCUCGUGCUUUCAAGUAUUCCCAUUGCAUAUCCCCGAAUGGCAAUGCUCAAGAAUAUCCUGAACAGCCGCAAGUCUCUAGGCAAAGCAGGACUCUUUGGCGGCCUGGUGAACAAAAACGGUGGCAAGAUCGAGAUAUACGACGACCACUGGACCGCCAAACACCACAAGGCCGAACGGACAUUCCUGAUCGAAGAUCUCCAGGACCUUGCUGCAGACAAGUCCAUCCGAAUCACCAUUCUCAGCGGCGAUGUCCACCUGGCCGCCAUGGGACAGUUCUAUUCGAAUCCCAAGCUGGGCCUCCCCAAGGACAAGGAUUACCGGUACAUGCCGAAUAUCAUCUCAUCAGCGAUUGCAAAUUUCCCGGAAACUGAGAUGGUGUCGGAUAUGCUCAACAGGCGCAACCAGGUGCAUCAUAUGGAUUCGAACACGGAUGAGGAUAUGAUACCGAUCUUUACCCAUGAUGUUGAUGGGAAGCCGCGGAAUAACAAGCGAUUGAUUCCACGACGGAACUGGUGUUCGAUUCGGGAGUAUCAGCCUGGCUUCACUCCACCAGUGACACCCGAUAUCGAUGAUGACGAGGAAGAGCCUCGCCCGGGGAAGCUUAAGCGGACAUUGUCAUUAACGCGCGGAGACCGACCGGCAGGUGGACUCCUACGACGCCUCUCAGGCCGUGGUCGCCCUCCAACUACGGACAUCGACUUCGACAACCUAGGCAACGGAAAAGCCAGUCGCCGCAUGAGCAUGGACGGCCCCUUUCCACCAUCAAGCAAUAGUUCGCUCCGACCGCCACGAUCAACCGAGUCAUUCAACCGACCCGGAACCGGAGCCGGAACUGGACCCGGGUCCUUUUUCCGCCGACCUACGAACCCCAGCCGACGGGGCUCGAUUCGGUCGAAGAAAUCGACUACGAGCAACACUAACAGCACGACCAACACUACUACAGGGGAUGACGACGGAAUGGGCGGUCUGGUUAACCUGGAAGGCGGUCUGGCGAUUACGUUGAAUCUGGAGCUGAACCCGAAAGACCCCGCUGGGAUCACGACACCGUAUAAACUGCUGGUUCCGAUGUUACGGUAUGACGGGGUGGAAUAUGACCCGCCGGCGACGCGGGUGACUAAGGGGUGGAAGAAGUGGCUGGGAGUGAAGAAGGGUGGCCAUCUGAGCCAGGAGAAUAAUAGAAAUGGAGAGGAAACCGAAGGGGACGAAGUCGAGUCGGAUGGGGAAAACUACGAUAACGGAGAUCAACAUGGACAGGCGGAGGACCACUCGGACAGUGAUGCGGAUGUGGGAGCGGGACCGGCAUCGGAGGAGGGGCGGAAGAGGAAGAAGUGGUUUGGACGUAACCUGUGA